ACCGCUUCGUCUUUCUUUCUCGGUUCCGGAGGCGCGAAAGAAAACCCUCCUUAAGGAGAGCCGAUGGCCGCCCAGCUCGCCUCGUGAAUAGCGAAAACCCAGGCAAGUGACUCAUAAUUCACUUCUGCUUCAUGAUUUGAGUUUCUUUUACCCGUUGAGUCAACCCACACAGAAAACACCCAAACGAACCACCCUAUCUUCACCACGUAACUUUAGGGCUAGAGGACGGCCGGUUAUUUCCGUUGGUUGUUCAAAAGCUCCUUCUUGGUCUAUGAUGACGACGUCGGAGAUCGUGCUGCCGAUCGGCAACCAGAAGCACGACCCGGCUUGGAAGCAUUGCCUCAUGAUCCGUUCCAACGGCAGGACUAAGCUCAAGUGUAUUUACUGCAUGAAGCUCUUCCUCGGCGGCGGCAUUCACCGAAUCAAGGAGCACCUUGCACGUCACAAAGGGAAUGCUGCCUGCUGCCCAAAGGUUCCUUUAGAGGUGCAGCAUGCGAUGCAGCACAGUCUCGAUGGCGCCGCCAUUAGGAAGAAGCGGAAGAUUAAGCUUGCGGACGAGGUUGGUCAUCUGAAUCCUACGGAAAUCUCUGCAGCCGCCUGCGACAUUGAUCACUCUGCCAAUUCUGGUUUGCAGAUUGUGCCUCUUAAUGAAAUGCUCGAUCUUGGCACUGUUCAGAUGGAAGCUAAGGAAGAUAGCUGUGUGACUCCCCUGCCUCGCGCAGCGAAGUCAGCUGAGAGGGGAAGGAAGCGCCGGACGAAGAAUUCCUCAAUGAAUCACAUGGGGCCUUCCUCUACCUUGGGUAAUGACGGAUCCUGGGUGAACAGGUCAAGUUUGGUUCAAGCGGUGGAUAAGGAGCAAGUUUAUCAUUCAAUUGGGCGGUUUUUGUACGAGGCUGGUGUGCCUCUUGAAGCGGUUAAUUCUGUUUAUUUUCAGCCCAUGGUGGAAGCCAUUGCUGCUUUCGGGCCAGGGCUUGAACUCCCCUCCUAUCAUGAUUUCCGCGGAGGCAUUUUGAAGAGGUUGAUCGAGGAGGUGAACCUCACUUUGGAGCACUACAAGCGGACUUGGGGUCACACAGGCUGUUCAAUAUUGGCUGAUGAGUGUUCGACGAUGGAGAAGACUUUGAUUAACUUCUUCGUGUAUUGCCCCGAGGGAACUAUGUUUUUGAGAUGCGUUGAUGCCACCGAGAUUGUUGCCACUGCUGAUACUUUGUAUGAGCUUUUGAAGCAUGUGGUGGAGGAUGUUGGCCCAAACAAUGUGAUUCAGGUGAUUACCAAUAACUCCGACAUCCAUGCCUUUGCAGGGAAAAGAUUAACUGAGACCUUCCCCACUUUAUUCUGGAGUCCUUGCGCUUCUCAAUGCAUUGAUCUUAUAUUGGAAGAUUUUUCUAAAAUGGAUUCCAUGAUUGAUACAAUAGAGAGUGCGAAAUCGUUAACCAGGUUCAUAUAUAGAACUGUACCUGUUCUUAAUAUGAUGAAGAAGUAUACUCAUGGUAAAGAUUUGUUACGUCCUGCCAGUAGCCGUGCAGCCAUGAAUUUUGUUGCUUUAAAGAGCUUGGUUUGUUUGAAAGAGGAGUUGAGAAACAUGGUCACUUCUGAAGAAUGGCUAGAAUCACCAUACUCGAAGAAGCCGGAUGGGGUUGCCAUGGCUAACCUUAUUCUAAAUUCGCUAUUUUGGAUCUCCUGUGCUGCAAUCAAUCGGAUUACAGAACCACUUGUGCAAUUACUGAAACUAGUUGAAAGUAAAAAGAGGCCAGCAAUGGGCUAUGUUCAUCUAUGUUUGUAUCUAGCUAAGGAUGCUAUAAGAAAGGAAUUUGUGAAGAAGAGUGAUUACAUGCCAUAUUGGGAUCUUAUAGAUUGGAGAUGGGACAAGCAGCUUCCUCGCCCUCUCCAUGCUGCGGGGUUCUUCUUGAAUCCACAGUUAUUCUACAGCACAGAGGGGCAAAUCUCCAAUGAAAUUUCAUCCGGAAUGUUGGAUUGUAUAGAAAGAUUGGUGCCUGAAGCGAAGGUUCAAGAUAAAAUUCAGAAGGAACUGAAUUAUUAUAGGGGUGCUGAUCGAGAUUUUUCAAGGAAAAUAGCCGUUAGGGCUAGACGCUCUUUACUUCCGGCUGAAUGGUGGUCUACAUAUGGGGGGAGUUGCCCAAACCUUACACGUUUGGCUAUUCAUAUCCUCAGUCAAACCUGCAGUGCAAGGGGACCUGAGCGGACUCAUAUACCUUUUGAACAACUUCAUAAUGAAAAAUUGAACUUUUCUGAGCGUCAGCGGCUAUGUGAACUUGUAUAUGUUCGCUAUAACCUUCGGUUACAGCAAAGGCAUGUUUUGAAGAACAGAUGCUUUGAUCCAAUUUCUGUUGAUAAUAUUGAUGUUGUUGAUGAUUGGGUGGGGAAUCACCCACUGUUUUCAGCGGAUGCUGACUCGAGCUGGCUGGUUUUCAAUCAACCUGAGUCUAUCGAACAACAAUCUGAAUCUUCAUUAGAUGAAGUUGAGACCCUUAUCUCAGCCCUUGAUGAUGAUGUGAUUCGUAGUGCUGGUCGAGGCAUAGAGGAUAAUGAUGAGAUCAAAGAAGAAGAAGAUAACCAUGAUGAUUCCGCUUUCACUUGAUCUAAUAUGUAACAUUAGAUGUUUGAACGAAUCUAGGUAAGUUUGCCAGCCAAUUCAAAAGGUGCUUGUAAAUUUGUAGAUGAUUUUGGAUUUUGAUAUUUAAUUUAAAUGAAAUAA